AAAACACCAUGUUUCACUUCGCCUUCUCCAUCAGAUUAAAGCCCAUAAACCUGAAUCUUUUCCGAUAGCUAAAGCCCAAUGACAUAAUACGACACCGCUUCACAAAUCUCCACCUUGUCGAUUAGGUCAUUCAAACGUAACCCUUUCCGCCAAACAGUGUUCAUCCCUGAGAAGCCAAAACCAUGUCGGAAUCUCCUCAGAACAGACGUACCGGUUCAAACGACCAUUGCGAAUCAAACGAUAUUCCCUUUCAGAUUCCUCAAGAAUCAAUUGGAAGCCCUGGCCCUUUGUUCUUCAACCCUGAGUACACGAGAUCCCCAACUCUCACUCUUCCAGAAAAUUUCAAACUACCAUAAACACCUCCACCUCUUCCACAAGUUGAACUCGAAAGACAGAUGACUCUAAAUCCAUCUGAAACUCCUGAAUCUCCACCUCGAAGACAAACCAAUCUUGAGUACUGUAAGUAGACAUCUCUCCACUAGCUCAAACCUCUCUGACAAAAUAGAACUGAUGAAUUCGCUUCACCUUUUUUCCUCUUUCAGUCAACGAGCAUCUGAACAUCUUUGGAGAGACUCCAGUAACCCAGCGGAAGAUUCCAAGUUCUACAGCUUUCUUCUAUUUGUUAGUUAGAACCCGUUGUUUGACCAAGAACAAAUCACUAACCCAUUUGCUCUCUGUCUUUUCAUGUACUCCUUCUGAUGAGACAACCAACAACAGAGUCAUCUCGGAGUACUUCUGAUGUAGAUCACGUAUUCUAAACAUAGUAGAUUUAAUAAAAAAAUGAAUUUCAUUUUCUGCUUUGUAGAAUGCUAAUUCUACUUUAUAUAGAACAAAAUCUGAAAUUAUGAUUUAAACAUUUUAGAACUAAAAAAAAUACGACUAAGUUCAUAUAUGUAUUUCAUCACUAGUUACUAUUUUUCAAUUUUUUUUAAGUUUGUAAAACUAUUUAUUUAAUUUAUUUUCAAAAAUACUAAAAAGCAUUAAAAGAAAUGGUAUAAAAUUGAAAUUAGUUCAAUGGUACAUAGUUACCAUAUUUUUGCAUGAAAAAACAAUUUUCCCCUUAAACAUUUUGUAAAUUUUCUCAUUAUAUCCAAUAAAAUGAGCACCACCGAGUUCUAUCAAAAGAAAAAAAAAGUACCACCGAUUCUGAUUACCCACUCUGGUUGGGUAAAACGCUCAUAUGCUCUUAAUGAGGCAAAAUUCAUUAUGUCAUACUCUUACUUAUUAUGUCAUACUCUUAUUUAUACAGAUAUUCUUCAUAUUGAUGGUUAAUGUCGAAAGUGUCAUUUUUGGCUAAACCAAUCAAAAUCAUUCUCUCUCCUACUCUAUCUUCUUCCUUUCUCUCUCCACUGUAGAUCUCAAUCCAGAUUUGUUCAAGCUCCAUUCAAUUUGGCAUUCAUCUACUCCAUUAAUUCAUUCGUGAAGAAUUAGAAACUUUAACUUCAAAUUCGUGUUAAUAAUUAACUAAUUGAACAUCGGUCUCGAUCUAUUUGGAUAAUUAAAAACACUGGUAUAAUCAUAAGAAAUCAUAAUAGAUUAGUAUUUUGAUUUAAAAAAUUAGAAAACCUAGUAAAACUUGGUAUGAACGAAAUAGUAUAACUAUGUAUAGUUAUGUAUUACUAUAAUCGUACAACCUAUAUAACUAAGUAAAAUUUUACUAGCAAAACUGUAUAACAAGGUGAAAAUUUUACUGGAUAAAUUGUAUACCUUGGUAUAAUUAUAUUGGUAAAAAUGUAUAAUUUGGUAAAAUUUUAUGGCUAAACCGUGCAGCUUAUUUUAACUUGAUUGUUAAUCAUUUUGAUUUUUACAGGAGACGACGAGUUCUUUCACAAACAUACAUUUUGAUCAUGAAAGAUACUAUAAUAAAGCUGGAGAUAGUUAUGAAUGGAUUCCAAACGCAUGUAGCUUGUAUGCUAGCGGAUAGGAUAUGCAGAAAGAUGACCAUAAAUCCAUGUACAAAGAAGCUGAAUUUGAGUUAUAUUUCAUUGUUAGUAAAAUCUAAGAAGAAAUUGAAGAAGCAUAACGACAUCUUAAGGUGACUGAGUCAGUGGAAGAUGUUGUUAUUCGAGAUAGAGACAAUGUAGGUAUUGGUUUGGUUGUACAAUUAAUCAUAAACACAAACAACAAAGUUAGUGUGUUAGAAGAAGAAGUUCUACUUCUUAAGGCUACUAUGAAGACUGAGAAACCCUAUAGUGGAAGGAAAAUAAUGAUAGUUCUAUGAUGUCUUAUUUCUAGUAGUUACAGAAUUUGGAUGUAUAACUAAUCAAAACUUGUAUCACAUUAAUGGAAUGUAAAGUUUUUCAAGUUUUAACAAAUUUACACAAACAGAAAUAUGAAACUAUGACAAAUUUUUACCGACAAAACAAAGUAAUCUCAAGAUCUACAAAGUGACAAACAAAAAUGGAAAACUUUCGCAAAGUUUUACCGAGUUACACAAAUAUAAAUAACAAAGUUCUUACCAAGUUACCAAGUUACAAAAAUUUGUAUUGGUUGAGAAUGAUUGAUUUUUUUUUUCUUUGUCACUUGUAUUGGUUGCCAAUGGUUGAUUUUUUCUUCAUUGCUUCUUUCUCGCUUCGCUGAUUCUCACGAUAUUUUUCCACUAUCACUUCUACCGCUUUGAUCUCCUACACUUUUAUCUACACUCUAUUUUCAUCUCUCCACUACCUAAACCACCAUCCUUCUCACUUUGUUCUAUGUCUCUACCAUCAGAAGUCGGAUGGUGUCAUUUUCGUUUUUUUGAAAGCAGCACUUCAUAGAAAAAUGUAACUAUCAAAUUAAAUCAUCAUCAUAAAAUUCACAAAGUUUUACUAAGUUAUACCAUUCUUGGUUCGUUUUUCUUCUCUUUCGAUAGAUAAUUUGUGGUUUGUUAUUUCAUUAUUUUUUUUCUGGAGAAAAAUUCGAUUCGUCUUUUAUUUGAUGAUUAUUCUUUCUUAUGUGAUAAAAAGAUGAAAGAAAAUAAGUUUGAUUUGUUUCAUUGAAGAAAUAAAAAGAAUGAGUAAAACUUAAAAAGACUUAGUUGUGUCUAGAUUUAUAUAUUUGGAUCCAAAUUUAACGGGUGGGUAUAGUUUGGGUUUGGAUUAUCCGCCGGAUAAUUUUAUAAAUAACUAGAUUUCGCGUGUAGAUCUUUUAAUAAUUUUCAUGAUUUAAAUAAAUAUUAAAUUAAAAAAAAGAAAAAAGAGAGGAGCAUGUGAGAAUUUUUUUUUUCCAAAGUAAGACUACUACAGCAAUUGAUUCAGUCUGGUUAGUUGUACAUAACUGAUUUGAGGAAAAGAAACAAUUUCACAACCCGAAAUAGGAACCAAAGUUUGUGAUACCAAAUCACAUCACAUAUUCACAUCCAGUCACUGGGAAUGGCAUAUCGUAGGGUUUUACUCUCUCACCUCAGCCGUUCACGCCACUCUUGUUCCUCUUCUCUCUCUCCUCCUCACCAUGUCUCCUCGGCACCGUCGAUGGCGCUUGGUCUUUUCCAAUCGCGGCUGUUUUCCAGUCCCACGGACCUGGGCAGUGGAUUAGACUUGGGGCAGGAAAUGAUCGGAGCUACUGCGGCUAGCCAUGAUAUAUUGACCCGACAUGUGAUCUCGCUGCUUGAUUCAUACCACGACCUCACUGGGUUGCCCUGGUGGGUCGUGAUUGCUACGUCUACGGUGGCUUUCAGAACGGCUUUGCUUCCUAUCCUCAUUUUGCAGCGGAAGCAAACAAAAACCAUUUCACACUUCUUACCCAAGUUACCGCCUUUUUGGCCUCCAAAGGGUUCAGGAAGGAGUGUUGUACAACAGUUGAUGCUCUUUCGGUCUGAAAGGAAAGCUCUCGGCUGCCCUUCCUUCUUUUGGAUUCCUGCUUAUUUCUCCAUCCAGAUCUCAUGUUUUUUCUUGUGGAUAACUAGCAUUAGAAGAAUGUCACUUGAUCAUCAUCCUGGCUUUGAUACGGGUGGGGCUUUAUGGUUCCAGAAUUUGACUGAAAUUCCAAACGGUCUUUAUGGUCCACUUUUCCCCUUUUUGAUUGCUGGUUUGCAUUACACCAACACUCAGAUCACUUUUUCAGCUUCUUCAGUUCACAAAGUUGAUAAAUUUGCGCAAUUAGCAAAAACUUACAAGAUAUUUUUGAACUUUUUGACAUUUGCUCUUUAUUUCCUUGCAUUCCAAAUGCCCCAGGGAAGUCUGCUUUACUGGUCUACCAAUUUAUCAUUCAGCAUAGCUCAGCAAUCAAUCAUCAAACAUCCUGUUGUAAGUGCUAAGUUGGGUCUACAAGGAGAUGACACUGUGCAGAAAGAGGCCGGAAACCCUAUACUAACAAAUAUAGAAGAAGCAAAACUCACUGAUCCAUCUUCGAAAGGACGCAUGAUCUCGGGGCAUGAUUUAACCCCUAAGGAGCUGGUUGCUCUUUCUGCCAAAUACUUAUCUGGAGGGCAAAAGGAAAAAUCAAUUCCUCUAUUAAGAUUGGCAUUAGAAAAAGAUCCUGAAUAUCUUCAAGCUAUGGUUAUUCUUGGUCAGGCUUUAUAUCAGAAAGAACAGUUUGCUGAAGCUGCAAAAUACUUAGAGCGGGCUGCUUCAAAGCUGAUUGAUGCCUGUCCAACAGAAGUUGAAGAAGUCGAUCUUUUGAUUGUUGCAUCACAAUGGGCAGGUGUCUCCAAUAUACGCCAGGGGAAGACAUCAGAGGGAAUUACACACCUUGAAAGAGUAGCGAACAUGGAAGAGCCUGAUGAUCCCAAGAGCAAAGCUCAUUACUUAGACGCAUUGGUGCUCUACUCAAGUGCUAUUUUCAACGAAGGAAGGAGAGAGGAAGCAGCAAAGUGUUUGAGAAGAGUCGUGGCUUAUGAUCCAUCGUUCCAAGAAUUAUUGAAACAAUGCGAGGAAGAGGAUGAUAGCAUUCCCAGUGCCGAUUCCACUUCUACAUCUAACUCUACACACAAACAUUCAUAACUUUCUCUCUUUUUUAUUUUGUUUCUUGCUGAUCUUCUGAGUGGAUUCGCCAUUUUUGAAAUUGAUUUUUUCGUAUUUACUUGUCGUUUUCACUUUUCGGAUGUGGGAAGCUUGUUUUCUUUUAUUCUGUUAAAAUAAGCCUGUCCUCGAAUAAUGUGUUAUUAGAAGCAAAAUAGCUAACUUUUAUCUUUUC